AUGGACGCGUUGAAGUCGUAUGUUAGCGAUUUGUGCGAUGAGCUCGCAAUGGUUUGCGUAUUUCGACAGGGUUCCUUUACACCUAACUUAUUUAGGACUUCGAGGGCCAGAAAUUGGCGGAGAGAAUUCUUAACUUUUUAAUGCCUGCCAUGUGUGUAUGUGAAUAACAGUCUAUGCAUUUUUUAGGUUCUCGGGUUUUGUUUAGGAUAUUUUAAACAGCAACUUUGGAUAAGUGUUGCCUUUGUUCUUUGUGGAUUCGUUCUUUCUGCGAUCGUAAGCCCGUUUUUUUUAGUAGCCUUAUUGUUUAGCUUACUCUCCUACCUUGGCCAAUAUAUCGUCGCCAUCCUCUCAAUUGGAAGCCCCUUUUAAAAGCGAAGAAAGAAUAG